UUAAAUUUUUUACAACCUGUGCCUUUGUUCAGGAUUGUAUAAAGAGACUACAGCACGGUUUGCUAUCCAACAUUUCACAUCUAACAAUGACAACUGAGAGUAUUGUGUUCUACGAAGACAGGAACUUCCAGGGAAGGUCCUAUGAGUGUAAGGGAGACACAAGUGACCUUCAUCCUUUUUUUAGCCGCUGUAAUUCUGCAAAGGUGAAGGGGGGCUUUUGGGUGCUGUAUGAGUGGCCAAACUACAUGGGCUAUCAGUAUAUCCUGACCCCAGGGGAGUAUCCAGAUUAUCAUCAUUGGAUUGGCUUCAAUGAUUGUGUCCGAUCUUGUCGUCUACUCAGGCAUGUUACUGGACAUCUCAAGCUGAAGCUCUUUGAGAGGCCCAAUUUUGAUGGCCAAACAUGGGAAGUUACAGAAAGCACCCCGUCCAUUCAGGAACGUUUCCACUGUAGAGAGAUCCAUUCCUGCAAGGUCCAGGAAGGUCCCUGUGUGUUCUUCGAGCAUGCAAACUACAGUGGCCGUCAGUACCUCCUUGAGAAGGGAGAGUACAGACGCCACACUGAAUGGGGGGCCAUGCAUCCCAUUGUGGGCUCUAUUCGUCAAAUCACCACAGACUGUUGAAUUGAAAACUUGUUGUCACUACUACUGAAAAAUAUUGAAAAAUAAAAUUCU